CGAGCCGGCACGCGAUACUGACGAUAUCAGCAUUCUCUAAACGAUUCAAACGCAUUGGUGAAAAAAUUACGUAAGUGUUUACAAACACAAAUCACAUUAUCAUAAUGUAGACUUAAUAUUCUACUCUUUGAUGUCGACUACAUACUCCUUUAUCCCCAAAUAUCUCAUCGCAUCACUCAGACUCACAGCAUGUUGGUGAAUAGUGAUUUCCGUGUAAUACUUAUGAUUGGGUUAGUGCACCGACAGUUCACGCCACGUUCAUGCAGACAGCAGACAUUAUUCUAAAAUGUGUACGUACAAUGAACUGUCUUGUGCUUUGGAAAGUGCAGCAUAUUGUCAAUUUGACAAAGCUACUGCAACACAUUGAGUGAUGACAUAUGACAUUGACAGACAGUUGACAUUUAAAGUCAGCUGAUUUUCUUGACUGAUUCAUUCAUAAAGCACAGCAAACUGGCUUUGUUUUCAUGCUUUCUCCAAACUGACUGUUGCUUAGUGUCAUGCAGUCUGAACAGGCAGCAUUGUGGGAGUGCACACAUUGCAACAAGGAGUUCAGAUAUGAGAGCGAAAAGCGGAGGCACGAGCAAAGCCACAUACCGCAGUUUGGAUGUAAAGUUUGCUCAAAGAAAUUUAGCUUUCUAUCAGCGCUUCGCCGUCAUGAGAAGCAGCAUGAGAGAACAGGCUCAGUGCAAUGCAACAAAUGUGGAGGAAAAUUCAGAGAUGAAACACUUCUAAAAAGGCAUAUUCAGUAUGCACACAAAGGAUCAUUUUCCUGCACGCAAUGUAAUACAACAUUCAACAGUGAGCUUGCACUACGGACACAUAUGAAGACACACAAAGCAGAAUCAGAGAGGAAAUACCAUUGCGGGUUUGAUGGCUGUGGGAAGUCAUUCAACUUUGCUCAUCACUUAAAACACCAUGAAUUAACCCAUACAGACACGAAACAGUUUUUCUGUAAGAAAUGUGGGAAAGGUUUUAUUCAAUCUCAUCAUUUAAAAGUGCACCUGAAGUCACAUGAUCCGGAAAGCUGGCUAUCAUGCACAGAACUAAACUGCAAUAAGAAAUUUGUUAAUGAAUAUGCUAGAAAGAGACAUCUAGCUACACAUAAAAAUAGACCUGCUAGUGUCAAAUUCCAGUCAAAAAGCGUUCAUGAAGAUGCUGCAGAGCUCUGUCUUACAUGUGGCCAAAUCAUAUCUCAACUAAAGUACUCUAAACAUAUAGCGAAUUGCGUUCCCAAACAAGAGAACCUUGAUAUCUGUGUAAGAUCUCUUGAACUAAGUAUUAAUGAAAUAUCCGACACUAUAAAUAAGGCUGAAGAUGUAGUAAUAGUUAAAAACUUUUUAGAUGAAGUAGGUAGCGAACUCGAAAACAAAGUAACAGUAGAUGAAAGUACCAUAAGUGAUUGUAAAGACAUUUUAGGUGGCUGUAUUAGUGAUGAUAAUUGUUUCUGUGCUCAAAUCAAUAGCAAUUUUGGUAUUAAGCGAGAAAUAAUUGGCCCAACUACUGAUGAAAAUCUAUUAAAAGAUAAUGUUGAAUGUACAGUAAGCAACGUGAUUAAAUUAAGUAAAGAUUUGAAAACAGUCGUUGGUGAAAAUAACAUUUCUAUAGAAACAAAUGCCUGCGAAGGAUGUUAUUGUGAUAAUUGGUGUUCAGACAGUGGAAAAACUUUAGGAAACAUUACUCAAGGUCAUGAAACACCUGAAAUUGAACAUAGACUUGAUGGUACAGUUAAAAUAAAGGAUACUUAUGAUAUAAUUUUUGAUACUAAAGUUAUAGAACCACAGGUUAUGGUUGAAGAUCUUUCUAUAAGAAAGUACCAAGAAGAUAAUUUACAAGAACAGGAAAUAAAAAUGAUACCUUUUAACAGUUGUAAAGAUGUUUUAGGUAACUGUAUUGUAAGUGGUAACGGCACGAUUGGAGAGGGGUGUCUAUGUGCCAAAAUGGCGGUCGACGAUCAACCCAUGAUUGCGCAAGAGAUCGAAGACAUUACGCCUUGUCCUAAAAAUACCUGGCUAAGUCAAAGACUGUGAUAUUGAUUUCGAAGCCUUGCGAAAUAUUAUUUGUCCGUAUUUAGUUAAUAAAAUCCUUUAGUACUUAUAGUAGCACUGUACUGUAAUAUUUAGCUUACUACAUUUACACUAGACGGGAUACUUAAAAUGAGGAAAUAAAAAUGCCAUAAUAAUUAUUAAUUUUA